AUGAGUCAAAUUGCAGAAAAGGUUGUAUUAUUGACAGGCGCUUCUAAAGGUAUAGGCCUCGCGACUGCUCAGGCACUUCGUACCAAGUCUAAAGUGGUUGCCGUUAGCAGAAGCUUGACGAAGGAAUUAGAGACUUUACUUGUACAACAUCCAGGUUCCUUCGUGCAUGUGCAGGGUGAUGUUUCAAAGACAGCCAAGUCUAGUGUAGAAACGGCUAUUACAAAGUUUGGGCGUCUUGAUGCCAUUGUUCUAAACGCCGGUCUUGUUGAACCAAUUUCGAAAAUUGAAGAGGCAGAUGUGAAUCAAUGGCGCAGGUUGUUUGAUGUUAAUUUCUUUAGCGUAGUCGAGACUAUCAAGCAAGCAAUCCCCCAUUUACGCAAAACAAAAGGCUCAAUAGUUGUCGUAUCCUCUGGGGCCGCUGUUCGUGCUUACCCUGCUUGGACUGCCUACAGCACCUCAAAAGCCGCUGUCAAUAUGCUUGUUACGAGCCUUGGCAGUGAGGAACCAGACAUUAUGAGCGUUGCAGUACGACCAGGCGUCGUUGACACUCCCAUGCAAGAUCUUAUUCGCGACGAGCAAAACAAGCCAGCCAUGGGAGAUAUGCAUAAUUACUUUAAAGAACUCAAGUCUUCUGGUAAGCUGGUAUCCCCUCACGACGUUGCCAAAGCUCUUACUUACUUGGCUUUAAACCCAAACGAAAAGAUUACUGGUCAAUUUGUUGAAUGGAAGUCCUUUGUUGAGUAA